CACCAGCAAUCGCCAUGAUAUCACGUCAUUUGUCUACAGCGUGACCAGCCAUUUGGGGGAUAAUGACGGCAAAUAAUGCGAAAAGAUAAUGUAAUGGAGGUACCCCUUCUUUUAUUGGUGUUUCAAGUGACGUUCAUCAUUGUAGGUGAAGCUGUUCAUCCAGGUUGCCAGUGCUUAAUCUUCUCAUCUACUUACGGCAAAGAAAAGGGCAUCUUUAAGAGUCCCGAUUACCCAAAGCCCUACUCGUGGAAUAUCGAUUGCCUCUUGUACAGCUUCGUGGCGGGACCUGAAGAAAUUGUAGAAAUUACUUUUGAGGAUUUCAACGUCUAUAAAGAUAGUAUUGAUUGUACCAGGGGAGACUAUUUAAAACUAUUUGUCCAUCUAGAGGCUGCAGCAGUUAACGAAUAUACGCCUUGGGAAAGUAUAUAUUGUGGACACAUGACCGAUAUACCUACAGUGAUUUAUUCUUCCGGAGCAGGGCUUGUCAUGGAAUUUCAUACAGGAUCCAAUAAAAAGAACUAUACUGGAUUUCUAGGAUUUUUUAGAUUUAUUAAUAAACGAUUGUUUCGGACAGACGGCUUAAAACUAGCAAACACGAUGUGCGACUAUCAGUUUGUUAGCAGCGAGCAAAGUCCCGUUUGAAAGUUUUAUUCGCCUCGAUAUCCUUCUAGCUACCCAAAAAAUAUUCGAUGUUCUUAUAAAUUCCGAGCAAGGUAUCAAGAGAGGAUACGAAUUAUUUUUGAAGGGAUAUUCUUACAAAAAGGUGACCUAAGUUGUCUAAAUCGUGCGGAUUUGAUACGAAUAUACGAUGGAAGUACCAACUCUAACCCUGCCAUUGGAGUUUUAUGCAACGAAGGAGGCGAAAUUGAAAUUUUGUCUACGGGAUCAGAAUUGUUUAUCGAAUUUGUCGCAAAUUCUGAUAUACCCGGCCAGGGUUUUAAGGCUAGGUACCAGUUUCAGAUGAUGGAAACUGAUAACAUCGAUAAUCAACAAUCGAAUCAACUUGGUAGUAUUUUAUUACCGACCGAAGUUGAGCCAAGUGUCAGCGAAGCGAGGUCAAGCUGUGAUUUAGCCUUCAAUAGUGACACAAGUAAAAAUGGCACUAUAAUAAGUCCAUUAUAUCCAUCGCCAUAUCCGCCGAAGACAACCUGUCGCUACGAGUUUCAGGGACGAGGCAAAGAAAGAAUACAGAUAAUAUUCCACGAUUUUAAUUUAUUUGCCUCACAAGAUGAUGCUCAGACAUGCGGUCAUCAAGAUUCGCUUAAUGUAUUUGUUCAUAUAGGAGGAUUAGUAGAGAAAAUAGAUUCAUUUUGCGGAUCAGUAAUACCAAAGCCAGUUAUGUCUAACGGGCCUAGGUUAAAACUGGAAUUCCAGAGUUUUUAUGCGUCAAGAUACUCAAGAGGAUUCAAUGCAACAUAUAUUUUUACGGAAGAUUUUGGUAUAAAAAGUGGAACACAAUUACUUGACUACCCAUGUGCCUUUGUAUUAAAUAGUAACGAGUCCAAAACUGGAUACUUUCAUAGUCCGAAUUAUCCAGGAUUUUACCCCAGAGAUACCGAGUGUCAUUACUUCUUUCAUGGAAAUGCAAAUGAAAAGGUCCAUUUGCACUUUGCCUACUUUGAUGUAGAAGGGGUUUUACCAUGUGAAGCUAUUUCUGCAAGUGACUACGUGGAGUUUUCAAAUUACAUGGCGCGAGACAGAAAAUAUUCUCGCCAUUGUGGUCAACUUAAGGAGUUUGAUAUCGAAUCCGACAGAAAAUUCUUUAGAGUUACCUUUAGAUCUAACGAUAGAUUGGAUGGCACAGGAUUCAAUGCUUCGUACAGUUUUUUAAAUGAGGUUGAAGUUUACACUCCAAAACCUACAACUGGUUCUGGAACAAAUUUAUUAGAAAAUCUACUAUUAUACUUUUCUGUGAUCUUAUUGAGGACAGCUGUGUAAAUACUUAAAGAAGAGAUUUGUUAUCAGUUCAAACACUAAAUUAUACGUGAUAUUAAUAAAAUAUGUGUUAAUUUA